AUUAUAAUUCUGCUUUGAAAUACAUAAUAAAUUACAGUUAAUUAUAAUUUCCUUCUGUCUAACUUAUUCCUUCUAUCUAACUGCAAUAACUUAUUCCUUCUAUCUAACUGCAUCCUUUUGGGUUUUUAUGGAGUCUUCUUCAUAUAGAGGCAUGAUUUUUUACAUCAUUGGCCACUGGUGAUGAAUUCAGCCUCAGUCACUCUCUCCUCCCAGAGGUAGGGAGUGGGGCUGAAAGUGCCAACCUCCAAGCACAAGGCUGGCUCCCCUGGCAACCAGCCCCAUCCAGAUCCCAUCCAGGAGCCCCAGCCAUCAGUCAUCUCUUUAGCAUAUAAAAAGACAACAAUUCAGAGUUUCCAAGGGUUCUAGAAUUCGUGUGUCUGGAAACCAGAGCAGAAACAGGUUAUAUAUUUCUCAUUAUGUCACAGAGUCCAAUAAAAUACUUUAGCUGGACCACUUAUUAUCCCUCUUAGUGAAAUGGAAGUAGUAAUUGGCAGUUAAUUUUACAUAGCAGCUCUAAUAAGCACUUGAUAUUUUCUGUAAAAUAACUUACUGGGUUUUUCCCUAUUAUAAAGGUAAUAUGUAUAAAAGAAACCUUAGAAGGUUAGGCAAGGACAUAGAAACCACCUGUAUCCUACUUUGCUGAGAUAACUAUUACUCUUCUGCUAUUUAUCUUUCCUUCCAGACUUUUUUUUGCAUACUUACAUAUAAAUAGGACCUUGCAGUACUCUGCCCUUAACAAGAAGUCACGACAGAUUUGUGCAGCCUGCAGGGGGAGUGGCUGGGGUGAUGGCACAUGGCUUCUUCCCCCUCAGCCCCUGGCUUUUUCAGGCAGCUUCUCUUCCUGAUCUCAGAGCCACACUCCAAUAGGCCAAUCCUACUAAGAAAGGUCUGGUGAAGAUGAAGAUAGUGAAGAAGUUUGGAGCUCAGCAAGGGUGGGGAAGAAUAUGCAAGAGAAAGGUGGAUGGAGGGGAUUCCACGGACUGGGUAGAGGUGCUGGAAGGGAAACAGUGCCGGCCUGGCCAGGUCUCCGCAACUCUGCCUCCUUUGACAGGCAUGGCUCUUUCGGUGUUAGUGGUCCUGCUUCUGGCUGUACUAUAUGAAGGCAUCAAGGUUGGCAAAGCCAAGCUGCUCGACCAGGUGCUGAUGAACCUGCCCACCUCCAUCAGCCAGCAGGCUAUCGCAGAGACAGAUGGGGAGUCUGCAGGCUCAGAUUCAUCCCCUAUCAGCAGAACCCACCACAGGUGGUAUUUGUGUCACUUUGGCCAGUCUCUAAUCCAUGUCAUCCAGGUGGUCAUCGGCUACUUCAUCAUGCUGGCCGUGAUGUCCUACAACACCUGGAUUUUCCUUGGUGUGGUCCUGGGCUCUGCUGUGGGCUACUACCUAGCUUACCCACUUCUCAGCAUGGCUUAGCUGCCCCUGGGAAUGUUGAGCUGAAGCCAGCACUUGCUCCCUGGAGUUCGGACGCCAUUGCAGCAACCUUCUUCUCAGCCAGUCUGCAUAGGGCCCAGGCCUGGUCUUGUGUCUUAAGACGGCUGCUGUGACCAAAGGGAGAAUGACGAGUACUGAGGUGGCAGGGUUGCUGAGCCCAGGACAACGCAUUUCUGUGACUCAAACCAGGAAUUUCCAAAGAUUUCAAGGCAGGGAGAAGGGUUCUUGGUGAUGUAGGCUGUGGAACCUGGACACCUUCAGCUCUCCUGCCUUGUGCCUUAUCUACAGGAGCGUCAUCCACUGGACUCCCCGACCUCUUCUGUCUUUGAGGGACAGAGACCAAGCUAGAUCCUUUUUCUCACCUUUCUGCCUUUGGAAUACAUGAAGCUCAUCUCUUCUGUGGAUCAUGAUGACAAACUAGGAUUUUUUAUUUUUCCCAUUAAACUCCUAGUUGGCAAUUUUGCACAUUCAUAUAAAAAAAUUUUAAUGAAAUGAUUUUAUUUAUGAUGGAUGGCAGCAACUGCUGGGACCUAUUUCCCUUUCUUGGGGGGAGAAUAAGUGACAGCUGAUUAAAGGCAGAAACACAGGACUGCUUUCAGGCUCCUGGUUAAUUCUCUGAUAGACUGAGCUCCUUCUACCAGAAGGCACUGCCUGCAGGAAGAAUUAUCUGAUGGUCUUGGCUGUCUGGAAAAAUCUUCAUGGCCUUAAUGCCCUCCUUUAUCCUCAUGUUUCUUCUAUGCAGAACAAAAAACUGCAUUUAGUAAUGUUCAGUACUUAAUGUUCUCUAUUUAUCCCUUACUGCUUACUCGUAAUGAUCUGGUAGGGAAACAUGAUUCAUUCACUUAAAAUACUGAUUAAGCCAUGGCAGGGUACUGACUGAAGAUGCAAUCCAACCAAAGCCAUUAGAGUUUUCAAGUUAGAUGGGACUCUCUGCAUAGUUGAACCUCUUCACUUUAUAAAAAAGAGAGAAAAUCACUGCUGUAUACUAUACCUCACAGACUAGAUGAAAAGAUGGUUGUAAGCUUUGGGAAUUAAAAACAAAUACAUUUUAGUAAAUAUAUAUUUUUAAAUAG